ACUUUGCCGAGACUGGUAGCCAGUCAAGAGACAGGAACUGCAAGAGGAACAGGCGCGCGCCCCGCACAGAGCGCGAGAGGUAGACGGUCAGAGACAUGUUGCGGUUUCAGUCUCUUGAAGAUGGCGAUGGGUUUCCUGACUUGGAUGAGGAUGAAGAAAUUGAUCAGUUUAAUGAUGACACAUUUGGAGCUGGAGCAAUUGAUGAUGAUUGGCGGGAAGCACAUGAGCGCUUGGCAGAAAUGGUGGAUAAAAUCCCAAGCUCCCAUAGCUUGGCCCCUGGAACCUCCUCCCCCAUAAGUGACCCACUGGGGGAACAACAGGAAGAACUGGAGAAUAGCCUGAACCAACUUGUUCGGGAAAGUGAAGAACUAACCCUCCCCAGGGGAACACAUAAGCUUUCUCCUGGAAUGAAUAAUAGUAUAUGGGAUAGUUCCUCAACUCUAAGACCUAUCAGAGGGCCGUUAGUCACUGAGGACAUGAGCCCCCUUUCCAUCUUGCAUGAGUAUGGCUUGGCACCAACACCACCUCGUAGUAGAGAUGACGCAGAGACAGAUGCUUCAGAAAGAGCCCUUCCACGACGUUCAACAUCCCCGGUCAUUGGGAGCCCCCCUGUGAGAGCUGUGCCUAUAGGGACCCCACCAAAACAUGGAGUUAACCCUUCCUUUAAUCAAACCCAGGUUUUAUGCCCCAAUCCCAUUCACAUUCGAGCCUCUUCAUCUCCCUUCAGUAACCACACAACCAACCCGGCUUCCCUCCUGAGACACCCAUUCCCUUCUGCCCUCUCCCCUCUUCAGAGAGCACAGCUCCUUGGGGGAGCUCAGACAGCAGCUGGUCGGAUGUCUCCCAGUCACUUUGUUCAUGCUCCUGGUCUGCACAAUUCAGCUCUGCCUUCUGUUUCGCCGAAACUCCUUCAAGGACAUGUUGGACAAAUAGUGUCCCCAGGAGGUGGGGGUUUUCAUCACUUUUUCGGAGUUACUUCUCCUGCAGCUCCAGGAGCUCACCUAAAAAACAUGCGGCCUCAGCAGCAUUUCCGGCCAGAUACCACUCAUCUGCACCCUCAACAUAGACGCUUACUAUACCAGCGCCAACAAAACCGCAAUCAGCAUAGGGGUGUGAAUGGAUCUGGUGGAGAACGCUCUUGCAGAUCUUCUCAUGCAGAAGAGCACCGUAGAGACCCUUAUGCAGGACUUAUGCUUCUGCGUGAAAAAGAGUGGGUCUGUCGUAUCCAACUACUUCAGCUUCAAAGCACUGAUCCAUACCAUGAUGAUUUCUACUAUCAGAAUUAUUUUGAAAAGUUGGAUAAGAUGUCUUCCUCACAGGAUCGACCUAGCGACGGUGCCAAAAAGGAACGCACAAAACUAAUCACACCACAAGUUGCUAAAUUGGAGCAUGCGUACAAACCAGUGCAGUUUGAGGGAUCUCUUGGGAAGCUUACUAUAUCCAGUGUGAACAACCCUCGCAAAAUGAUUGAUGCUGUGGCAACCUCUCGCUCUGAUGAAGAUGAGACCCGGGAAAAGCAGGUGCGAGACAAGAGGCGCCAGACGUUAGUAAUUAUUGAGAAGAUGUUCUCUCUAGUGUUAGAGCUGGAAGACUUUGAGCGCCGCUUUGCACUAAGCUGUGAAGAAGAGGAACGUGACGCUUUAAGGGAGGAGCGCAGGCAAAAACUUCAACAGCUCUGUGAUGUUCUAAGAGGGAAAGAAGCAGGUGACAGAGUUUCAGAAGAGCAAUUUGUUCAGAUAAUGUGCAUCAGGAAGGGUAAGCGAAUGAUGUCCCGUAUCCUACCCCUCCUGCCACUUCAAGUAGGCGCAGCUAUACUCUCCGCUAUAGCACACAACCUGCCCUUCCUCAUAAAGAAGGAUUUGCAAGAUCAGGCUCUGACAUGCCUUGCUGGUCCUUGUAAUCCCAUACUCAGUCAGCUUAAUCCAUCUGCAGUCACUUCUUUGCUGCAGAAUCUGUGUGGCUCUGGUGUCAAUUCUCUCCAACAUCAGCUUACAUCUGUGUUGCAGAAUAAGUUUGGGUUAACUUUGCUUUAUGAGAUCUUGGAGCGUGGAGAGGAUCUGCUGAACUCUGAAGGUCUUACAGCGAUGAGCCAAAACAUGUGGAAUCCUCUAGUUGUGCAGAUUGCCCAGAGCCUUUUACAUGCCCCUGCUCUCUCACUGCCUCAGCCUCUUUGCUCACCACUCCCGGUCUUAGCUCACUUCUCACGAUACCUUGAUGCCGAGAACUUAAGCCUUUUGCAGUCUAAGCUUAGGUGAGGAUGGCAGGGUGUUGGCUUUGGUGUAAUACACAUUUAAUGGUUGGUAUUGAAAAUGCUUAAAAGGAGACCACAUUUUAUGAAGAAAGGAAGGAUUCUUGGAGUUCUGAAAAGGGUAAUACAUUGUUGGGGCAGCAUGUUCAGUGUAUUGACUUGGACAACCUGAGCUGACCUGCAAAUGCUCUCAGUAAUUUAUAAUUGCCCAGGAAGUGGUAUGUAGGCCAUUAUUGGUAAACUGGCAGGGAGAGCAGAGCUAAAUUCAUUUGGCUGGCCUCUUCAGUUUUUAUGGUUUUAUUGCCACAAUCGGGUCUAUCACCGGGCAUGACAAGUGUGCCAGUCUCCUGCUUUUUAUAGUUCUAAGAGCAAUUAUCCAGGAUCCCUUCUAAAAACCAACCCUGUCUUGCUUCAAACAUUUUAUGUGAAAUUUUAAGUUACAAUGAGACUAAUAUUUUGAAAAGGAGGGAUGGCCACUCUCCUCCUGUUGCACAAGACACCGUAGCCAAGCUGUUUCAAAUAACAGAAUCCAAAUUCAAGAGGAAGCAACUGUGUCACUUUGAGGCACUGGGAAACCGGCUGGAACAAGUCUCAUUUUUUUGUGUAUGAUUUUAAACAGUGAGACAUCUCCAUCGAAGGAGGAUUCUGAUUUCUUUUUAUAUAGCUCAAUGUAAAUAAAUAUAAAGUAUUAUUAAA